CGAUUGCGGCUGUGCACAUCUCAAUCAUCGGGACUGUCACCUAGGUACCAAACCCUUCUGCUUUCGAAUUCCUCAUUUCCUCCUGGCGGUCAUCUGAAUAGAUUCCGAGUGGUCCUCGCACCGCGGUAGCCUUCCUUCAUCUUACAUCGCGCCCUGAUUUGGCUUUUCCUGUUGCACAAGUCCCUCACUGUUAUGAGCUUGCAUGGUCUGGCCUUCAACCGUAUAUCCUCUUUCUGCCCCGCCAACCAAUACGGUCACCACUGGAAGCGCUGCUUAUGAUUUUGGCGAUUACGAGCUAAGAUAUGGCGACGAGAACGACUUACGGAGUCAGCAUAGGUUUAAGUUCCAGGUUGAAGAUUUGGAACGGGUCGCGAGGUAUGCCACAUAUCAUUCUACUGUGUGUGCAUAUCUCACAGUAUUCAUCGUCCUCCUCGCUUUUUUCAAAGAUAUCCCCCGGGCGUCUAUAAUGGCCACUCCGUUCGGUGUACUUUCCGCAACAUCACUCUUAUUCAACACCGCUGCCGCCUGCAUGUCUUUUGUCAUCACUCACAAACUGCGGUGUAUUCCUAUCGAGUUUCCUUUGAGAAGAACAUAUCAAGUGCCAGAGCCGUCUUGGAAUCUACACUAUAUGCACUAUCUUGUUCGACAUAGAUACCGAAAGCAUUGUCAGUUUAUCCGCUCUCUCCCGAGUUAAUUACUGUUCCUUUACUAACUAUUAUUUACUUCCUAGUUGUUGUCGCAUUUCUAAUAGGCUCUGCAUGUGUUAUGUUCCAGGUUCUGUUCCUCGUUCGCAUGCAGAGAUCUUAUCAGGCUUCCCACAUUGCAGAAAUCAAGUCGCAAAUCGAAUAUCUGCGGGCAAUGAUAGCGUCGAGGGAAUCAGAGUCGGGUAGCCGGAUCACCCCGCUUACUUCGUUAACGGCUGGAACACACCCUU